UGCUUGCUGGGCUGCUCCUUUAUUGCUGCCAUGGCCACAGCUUGUCAUUUGGGAACUAUGGGUGAUGUUCCUUGCUUUGCCAAGACUUUAUUCACUUUCCCUUUCUUGUUAUAAUUAUGCUGGAAGCUUGAGGACAUCCCAAAUUAGAGGUGUAAAGAUAGAAAUCAUUCUUUUCAGCUGAACUCUAAACUGAGAAUGAGUUCUUGCUGCCACCUGUUUUCCUGGAGAAAGAUGUUAACAGCUGGAAAGCCUUUGAAGAUCCUCUUUCUUCUAAUUCUGUGGCUUGUUUUGUCCCUGGAAUCAGCUGCACACACCUAUGGCUGUGACUUUCAUUCUUUUUAGUCUUUCUGACCUCUGCACAAGGAAACUUUCUGGACCCCAGCAGGUACUUUAGUGGGACAGAUUAGAAAACAAAACCAGAAUUAAUCUGAAGUCAUUGCCUAUGUGUUGCUGCUGACUCACGAUGCCAUUACCAUCUUUCUCCUCUCGCAUCACCCAUUCCGGCUUCCCCUUUUCUUAUUUAUCUCUCUUUUUCUUCUCCUUCCCUUUCCUGUGGUAUGGCUGAGUAGUUUCCCCUUUUUUCUCAAACAAGAUUUGUUCCUGGAAUUAUCUUUUCUCUAAUCAGAAUUCAGAGGGAGGCUACACCCAAGACAUGUUUUCUCAGAACCAAGACACAGGAGGAGAAUCAAGGAAGCUUUUGUGACUGCAGAGGUGAAGACAGGCCAAGGCUGCUCAGUGAUUCCCCUCACUGCUGACAUGCUGGAAGAGGACAAUGAUGAGAUCUGUUGGAAUAACCUGGAGAAUUUCCGUGUGAAGCUGAUCUCAGUGAUUGACCCUUCCCGGAUCACCCCUUACCUGCGCCAGUGCAAAGUGCUCAGCCCUGAUGAUGAGGAGCAGGUUCUCAAUGACCCCAGCCUGGUCAUGCGCAAACGGAAGGCAGGUGUUCUCCUGGACAUUCUUCAGCGAACAGGACACAAGGGCUUUGAGGCGUUUAUGGAGAGUCUUGAGCUUUAUUAUCCCCAGCUGUAUAAGAAAAUAACAGGCAAAGAGCCCAGCAGGGUUUUCUCUAUGAUUAUAGACACGGCUGGUGAGUCUGGCCUGAGCCAGGUGCUGAUGAACGAGAUCAUGAAGCUGCAGAGCGCGGUGCAGGAGGAGCGGCGCAGGGCGCAGGAGCUCACGGUGUGGCUGCACUCCAAGGAGGACACCCUGAGGGAGAUGUGGGUCAGGGACAGCCUGCUCCGCAAGCACCAGGAGCGGGCCCAGAGGAUGAAGGAGGAGAGGGACAGCCUGAGCAAGGAGCUGCGCAAGUGCAAGGACGAGAACUACAGCCUGGCCCUGAGCUACGCCAAGCAGAGCGAGGAGAAGAGCGCAGCCCUCAUGAAGAACAGGGACCUGCUGCUAGAGAUUGAUCAGCUGAAGCACAGCCUGAUGAAGGCUGAGGAUGACUGCAAGCUGGAGAGGAAGCACACCAUGAAGUUGAAACAUGCCAUAGAGCAGCGCCCCAGCCACGAGGUGGUGUGGGAGAUCCAACAGGAGAAGGAGCUGCUCUUGGCCAAGAACCAGGAGCUGGAAAACACUCUGCAGGUUGCCAGGGAGCAGAACUUUGAGAAGAGCCUCUCCAAAGAACCUCUGGAGAAUGACUGCAGCCAGACUGUGGAAGAACGCCGGGAACUGGUGAACACCAUUUACAGCCUGCGCAAGGAGCUGCGCCGAGCCAAGGUGCUCCAAGACAAACAGUUUGCAGAGGAAAAAGAGGUGCUGGAGCUACAGUGCACAUCUCUGAGGAAGGACUCCCAGAUGUACAAAAGACGGAUUGAAGCCAUUCUGCAGCAAAUGGAGGAAGUGGCUCUGGAGAGAGAUCAGGCUCUCCUGACCCGAGAGCAGUUCCAUGUGCAGUAUUCCAAGAACCUGGUGGAGAGAGAUGCCUACCGCAAGCAGAUCCGGGAGCUGGGGGAGAGAUGUGACGAGAUGCAGCUGCAGCUCUUCCAGAAGGAGAGUCAGCUCCUGGCCACUGAGGCCAAGCUGAAGAGGCUGCAGCUGGAGCUGCCCACGCUGACCUCUGACCUGGAUGACUCCUCCUCCAGAGAUUCCCAGGAACUUGUUCUUCACAGUCACCUGGAUGAAGAUACACAGAUAGCCAAAAAAGAUUGCCUGGGAGUACAAAACCAGAAACUCAGCCCUCAAGAGAGCCACCUGCCCCCAAAAUCACCAAGUGAGUGUGGCUUGGCCAAUGAGGAACUGGCAGAAAAGGAGAGGAAGAGGAUGAAGGACUGCUUUGAGCGUUACCGAAGGUCUGGGCUGCAAAAAAGAGCAAUGAGAAGGGCACCCAAAAACCGGCACCAUGAGGUGGACUGGGAGAACUCCUCUGGCAGCGACAACACCGACACCGAGGGCUCCUGAGGGAGGGAUAACACCAAGGUCCCUCGGAACGGGACAACACCGACACCAAAGGCCCCUCAGGAGCCAAUCUGAGGGGCCACCAGCUUGUGUAUAAGGGUGGCUGUGCCUCUCAAUUUCACUCACAACGGACUGUUUAGAUUUUAAAACCAUCCAAACAACCCUUGUUGAAAAGUGCUCCAAUGACACUAUUGCGUGGCUCCGACGCCCGCUCAAUAAACAGGUUUAAAUAUC